ACGAGGGCGGGCGAGAUUUGCUGUUCCUGGGGGCGGGUCUCGCCUCAUGCGCGCCCAAUGGGAUGCCGUGGUGCAUAGAAUUGCCGUGCGGUCCGUGGAGUUGGUAGGGUGAUGCGUGCUGUCCGUUUGUGAGUCUAGAGGAUCGAGGUGAUCUGUUUGUUGCUCAGGUCGUCUUUGUUGUUGGUCCUUGUGUCAUGGUCUGACGGUUUCGAAAUCCAGUGGAUUGGUUAGGUUGCUGGGAGCGGCCGACGGCGGCGUGCCCUGCUAUAGCAGAAUGAAUUCCAUUAUUGUGUAUUCUUGCAUUUCAUACUUAUUACGAACUGUUAUGAUAGGGCAUGAAGAUAACAUGCUGUUAGCCACUCUUAUUAAAAAGGAUAUUCGAAUGCUAUAUAAGGAAAGCAAAAGGCAUUAUAGACUCUCAGUCUGCAUAACUGCUCAUCCAACCCAGCAUGAGGUAUCAUCAUUAGCUACGGGUUGAUUAUAGGGGUUCUGUUCGGCCGCAGCUAAAAUCGGCCUGCAAAACCGUUUUUCUGCGGGUUGACAAUAUGCAGGGUCUGCUAGAGAUGCUCUAAUCGACGUGGGAGUCUCUUGGAUGGGAUAAUGGAAAUUUUGUUUUCAGCCCAGAAAGCUUGGGCCGUUCCACCAAAACAGCUGGUGUCCGGAUCCCACCCUAUAUUUUCCUCAUCUCUUCGUCGGCCUCCCACUUUUCUUCCAGCCCGCCGCCGUCGCCAUUGAUGCCCGCGCGCCGUCCCCAAAAUCCCCCGUCCACACAUAGAUCGGCGCCCGACGCUCAGACGUCCGUCCCCGAUCUCCCCGCAUCCGUUCAGAUCUGCUCGUGCCGGCCUCCGCAGUGGCUUUAGCUUCCAGCCAGAUGCCGCGCGACCUGUCAAGGUCGCCGCCGCGCCGGCGCCGGCCGUCGCCAUCCCCGCUUCGCCGCGGACCGGGCUACAGGGAGCGCGUGCCCAGCCGCAGCAGGUCCCCUUAUCGCCCCUCCUAUAGAAGGAAGAGCCCUUCACCUUCCUCUCCCAGGAGGCGCAGGAGUCCAUCCCCAUCAAAAAUCCAUUACAAAAGAAAGAGAAGGCCGAGUGUCACUGGUUCUCCAGUUGCCAAAUCGAGUCCCCAUCUUGGAUCUACAGAGAAUAAGAAUGCCGUUGAUAAGCAAAGGCUAGAAGAAGAAAAGAAAAGGCGUCAAAAAGAAGUUGAACUAAGGCUAUUAGAGGAGGAAACUACAAAAAGAGUUGAGCAAGCUAUUAGGAAACAAGUUGAGGAUAGUUUGAAUUCUGAGGAGAUCAAACAUGAAAUACAGCGUCGAAUUGAUGAAGGGCGAAAAAGGAUACACGAGGAGGUAGUUGCCCAAAUUGAGAAAGAGAAGGUGUCCGCCUUGGUCGAAGCCCAACAGAGAGCGGAACGUGAGAAGAAAGAGCGAGAAGAGCUAGAGAAGAAGCUCGAAGAGGAGCGAAAGAAAGCAGAGGAGGCUCAGAUGAAGGUAGCGAUGGAGCAGCAGCAGAAAGAGCUGGAGCGGUACCAGGAGCUGGAGAGGCUUCAGAAGGAGAGGGAGGAAGCCAUGAAGCAGAAGCAAAUGGAGGAGCAGCAGCAGAAGCAGAACCAGAUUAAGCUGCUGGGCAAGAACAAGUCGCGACCAAAGCUGUCGUUCUCUUUUGGGAUGAAGUAGAUCAGUCUAUUGCCAGGGGAGGGGAAAUUAGCGCCGUAGUUUGCAUUUGUAACCAUUUGUCUGAAACCGAUGAUUGCUGGUAAGUCGGUCGCGCGAACGAUCGUGUUGUGUUAAAAGCUGUUUUUAUCA